AUGCUCUUCAAAGACGUCUUCGUCCCCGCCCCGGCCGUCGGCGACCCUCGCUGGAAAUCGCAGAAUCCCAUCCGCAUCCUCUGGGGAAUCAUCGCCACCUCUGCCAUCGGCCUAGUGAUCCAAGGCUACUACAUCAACCUAGUAACCCCGUUCCUAUGCUGGUUCAUCCUGGUCUCCGCCCUGGACUUGAUCCUCUUCUUCAAGAAGCAUCUGAGGCCCACCUACGCGGUAUCGAUCGCAUCGAUAUGGAUCGUAUUUGCGCUGUUCUGUAUUGGCUGGGCAUCCUACCGUAUGUCUUUUUUUGCCCCGUGCCUCUGGUACGACCACACGUCGCGAGGGUAUUCGGAUAUUGUCCAGUUGAUCGUUACCGUGGUCGUGCUGUGA